AUACAAUUCUAUGAAAUCGGUGGUACCAUCGGCAUUAAUGAAUACUUAAUGAAAGCAAUUGCGCAGGACUCGCUUGCAAUUAAUGCUAACGUCGAAGAAACAUGGCACGUGAUCAGAUCUCGCUUUGCUCAUCUACUUACAGAUUUCGACCACUAUUUAGUCCCUCAACUCCAAGUCUCUACAAUCAAUCAUACAUCCACAGCUUUCAUCGUAGCUUCAAUCCAUCAACAAUGGCGAAACUCUUAGUAUUCUUGGCUCUUUCACUCCUUCCACUGCUUUCAACUGCCACAGUCGACGCCGGUAAUCCCUUCCGUCUCAAAGGUCGUGUCUACUGUGACACUUGCCGUUGCGGGUUCGAGACUUCUGUCACCAAAUACUUGGCUGGUGCGAAGGUUAAAGUAGAGUGCAGAGACAGGAGCUCAAUGAACCUGAGGUACACCCUGGAUGCAGUGACCGAUGCGACUGGAACCUACGAGAUGGAAGUUAAAACCGACCAUGGUGAUCAGAAAUGCGAGUGCACCCUUGUGAGCAGUCCGGAUCCGGAGUGCGCAGAGCCCAACAUUGGUCGUGACCGAGCCACCGUCAUCCUUACCCGCAACAAUGGUAUGAGAUACGAUGCUCGUUACGCUAACUCCAUGGGUUUCAUGAAGAAGACGGAGUUGGCCGGCUGCACUGAGCUCGUUCGAUCUUACUUCGCGGAAGACGUCUAGUUCGAUUUCAUAGUUUUAUUGUUUUAAAUCAUCUUGGUAAAAUGUCUCAUUUGCUCAAGAAUAAUCACACCCUUUAGUGAAUCAUAUAUUGUGUCUCAUUGAUCAUAACAGUUAUGAAAUGGUACGAUUAUAGUAUUCAUUGAUUUCUUCCGUUGAA